AUGAACAUGCCAAACUUAGGAAGAAAAAGAAAAACUAGUGAAAAUUUUCACCAUAAUAAACCUCCAUUCAAAAAAUUCACCUUCAUCAACAUGGUGGACGAAUGCAUCUCCACCCUCACUUCCGAUGAAGAAUCAUUCCCAUGUUCUUGCUCCAGUAACAUCAUUAACAAAUUCGAAGAACAUCAAGUGGUUCAAACUCCUGACCAAGUUGAAACGUCCACGUGUGACAACCAAGUUAUAAGGAGAAGAGAGAUGAGUCUGUUAAGCGAAGAAGAAGAGGUGGGUUCCAUUGAGAAGAAGCCGCAAAAGACGCCGUCGGAAUCUGAACUUGAUGAGUUCUUCUCCGCCGCAGAAGAAAAUAUCCAGAAACAGUUUGAAAACAAGUAUAAUUUUGAUAUUGUGAAGGACAUGCCUUUGGAAGGACGUUAUGAAUGGGUUCAGUUGAAGCAGUAA